AAGACAUGCCGAGGUUGUGUGCGGAGAUCAUCAAGCGCGCACCAGAUUGGUGCAAAAGUAGAUGCUGUCCCAAAGGCCCUGUGAUGGACUGGGAUACCUACAAACGCGCAGUGAAGGAGUUCAACCCAGCUGUGGAAGAGACUUUCCUACAGAAGUCAACAGAGCAUCUUCACGACCAGGCGGAGGUCAUUAUGGUUCACACUGGUGCCUCCUGCUCCGACAGCAUCGUCAUCCUCAGGCCUUCUUGGCUGGGCAAAGACGUCUUCGGCCCGACACUUGCACCGGAGGACUUCUCAGAACGACUAACAAGAACUACAGAAGAUCUGGUAACGAAAGAUGAGAUCUACCGGAUAUUCGAGGGCAAGUCAGAUCCUGAGCUGGUCAUAACCUUGCUGCAAAAAUUCCAGCUCUGUCAUUCCUACAACGGCAAGGAAUUCAUCUUCCCAUGCCUCCUGACGCAAGAAAUGCCCAAAGACGCGUGGGUACCAACUGGAGAGCCACUGGCACUAUACUUCGGCAAAGGCUGGCGCUGCAGAGACCUGACUGACAUGUUCUCCUCGGACUUCUUCCCGCGAGUGCAGACACUUCUCAUGACAAAGAUGUCCAAUCGCCCGAUACUGUGGAAGGGUGGAGCGAAGUGCUUUGACAGUGACGUCGAAGCUCUUGUCCAGAUGUCUAGCGAAGGGCGGACGGUCUACAUCUGUACCCGUAGUGUUGAGGGUGACAGAGAACAGUGUCACCACAUGAUGCGUAUCCUGGAGGAGUUAGUGGUAGGAGUUCUGCAGGAGAGCAGCCCGGGAACAGAUACUACUCAGCUCAUCCUCAGUGCACGGGCACUGAAGGAACACAGAGACAACCUUCUCAACCAUGCCUAUACGCUGGAGGAAGUCAAAGUGGCCAGAGCUGAAAAUGGCGUACUGGUGAAUCGUGCAGGUGGGUACUCGGAGAGGGUACUUGACGUAAUGUGUAAGACAAGUAAACACAGGUCUCCAUCACAUGGCAGUGAUCCUAUGAAAAUACCAAGAUCUAGAGCUGACUGGGACUGGGAUCUAAGAGGAAUCUCACUGACGAGCAGCCAAUCCGGGUCUCCCACCCACAGCAUCGGAGUGGCGGGAAGAGACAACGUGGUGGUAAUUGCCGGACCAGGCGCUUCUGUCAGCGUAUCGGGUACAGGCGCCGCUGACGUCAGCGUGUCCAGUGUUGACGAGAGUGAUGCAGGCUCGCAAUACUGGCAGGAUGAAGUAUUCACGGCAUUGACAACGGAUAUGCAAUGUUCCGACGAUCAAGAGCGAUCUGCUGAACCGAUGUCACCAACUCUACAGAGUACUGUGAUUGAAGGCCACGCUAAUACAGUGGUAAAGGCGGAUGACGGGUCGGUGGUCAGUGUAAGAACAUCAGGGGAUGGACAGGACACGACAGCUAGUGAAAGCAAGGACGUUGUUGAUCUAUUGGACCCAAUGAGUAUUGAGCUGGAUUAACUUCUGGUUUGGAACACGGCUGUUCGACAAUUUGUCAACUGAGGUGGCUAGAUAACAAAUCGAGACCAGAAUGAUCUUGAAAAGUAACGUGUUUAAUUGAGUUUAUUGACCACUUUAAAAUAUCAAGUGUAAAAAAGAUUAUGAGGUAGUGUUGGUUCUUUAGUAUUAGUCAAGUAAGGCAGUUAUUGUGACAAAGCAGAAAACAAUUAAUAAAAACUUAAUUAGUCAUAGCUUUAGUGAAGUUGGUAGUAUCAACAAUUAAUAUUGUUAUAUUAAGCUGACAGUAGUAUCAUCCAUCCCUAAAUUUCUGUUUCUAAAUGUAAACAACGAUCUUAUUUCUUGCCCAUUUAAAUUAUUAGAGUGUUAGUAUUCACAGUUGUACACAGCAAUGUAUUUGGAGCCUCUGCAAAGUCCCUAACUAAUCCCCUGCUACCAAAGCAGUGUAAUGGCAACUUUCAUUAAAAAAACGUUUUUGAAAAAUUACACUAAACCAAGGACCACUUACUCAUUGUGUGCCUGAUGAAUGAUAAUGUGUGCUAAAUGUAUUUUCUUACUAGCAUGAGUGCAAUGACAAAAACAUGCAGUGGAGCAUUUUAUCACAUGAACUUUUCUUAUCUUGAAUUCAUCAUGGUGUAGACAUAUAGACUUAGAGGAUUUAGAAGUUAAUAAUGCAUACUAUAAUGAAUAUAAUAGAAGAUAAUAUCUAACAAAAGCUGUCACCACUUCUGAAAGUCCAUUGCAUCCUCACUAUCAUAUGGUCUUUCUCUUUAAAUGGGCAUGCAGAAACAAUGAGAGAGGCUAUCAUCUAUGGCGAGUUACAACCAUAAAACGGAGGUUAUCUGUAGCACAUCUACGCCAUCAAAGCAUACGACUGAACAAGUACACACUAGCCUUUUUUUAGCUAUUUG